CAUUGCUCGUCAUCACUCUGAUCAUGCCCAUUCUUUGGACCGUCGGGCCCCUCGACGUCCAAAAUGCUUCGCUUCAUAUGUUUUCGUGGUAGAUUGGCCGCUAGCACAUCCCACCUUGCUGCCUGUCCGCCUGCUUUACCUCCCCCAAGGAGCUUCUCGACCACGAGUCACUCGCGAUCGGCAAAACAAGCUCGAAAACCAUGGAAAAAAGGCAAGCAAAAGAAUGGCAAAACGAAGAGACGACACGCAAAAGUCAGCCAAGCAGAGUCCAACGCCACAUUCAUUCCGAACGACGUCGCCAAAUGGCCGGCACCAGAGGAUACGCAAGGAGGGGCGCCGGCAUCUCAGCAAACAGAGCGCGGGCAGGAAGAGCCAGUCAAUGGCGCGACACCGUCGCCUGCCAAACAUGAGGCAGGAGCAGGCACCUGGAGAUCUUUGCGAUCGGCGCUGCGAUCAAACCCUGCCAAGGUGGCAGGUUUCCCACCGAAUCUCUCAGGCGAGCCUGUGGCGAGGGGAAUAAAAGAUGCAGCGCAAGAAGUCAGCUCAUGGAGGCCUGAGAAAGACGGCGGCAGCUCCAGAAAGCCGGCUAGCAGUACGGCCAAGAAAACCAUGGCGAAAGUUCCACUCGACGUCAAGAUCAUUCGACCGCGACAGUUAAAACUCUGCCCAAUAGAAGAGGGGCCCUCAAACGUUCCACAGCUCGCGCACAACCUCGACCGCGUGCUCUUCAACCCAGGCGUCUACCACAUUCAAGACCACCGCUCAGGAGUCUUCAAUUUCGAUCCUUCACUAGCUACGAUCAUGCCGGUGGCGGAGUUCGACUAUAGCGCCCUGUCCGAGUACAUCACCUCGUCCGAAGAUGUCAAGCUUCGGCAGCUCAGCGCCAAACACAGCAAGAAGUACUGUGGCUCCACAUCGAGCAUGACUUCCAUACUCUCACACUUCCACUUUCUGCUAUCUGCGUGGCGCGAGCCGACAUUCGACAACCUGACGCGGUCGCUGGAACCAGAGUCGACAAGGUUUACAGCCCUUUCCCGCGGGCCAGCAGCGGCCUUUGCCCGGUACCAGGAUGGCGUCUAUGCCCUCGAUUCUAGCAAGGAGUAUGACACCGACAACAUUCUCAGCCUUCUCGGCAGGUCCAUGGAAAAGUUUUUCACACUACCCACGGAGGAGUUCGAGCGUUACCGCCGGACCAAGUCGCACCAGAUCCCCAAGCAGGAGCGCAACGCCGAAGAAUCAUACCACUACACGACAUUGGGUGAUUUCAUGAUGCGGUCGCAGCUUGACGCUCAUGACCCGCGACUACCUGGGUCUGGCAUGUUCGAUUUGAAGACGAGGGCGGUCGUGUCUAUCCGCAUGGACGUGGAAGGCUACGAAAAGGGCGUUGGCUAUGAGAUUCGGAAACGUUUUGGCCAGUGGGAAUCGUUUGAGCGCGAGUAUUACGACAUGAUUCGGGCGGCCUUUCUCAAAUACUCAUUACAAGUUCGGAUGGGGCGGAUGGAUGGCAUCUUUGUGGCGUUCCACAACACACAGCGCAUUUUUGGAUUUCAGUAUAUCCCCUUGUCGGAGAUGGACCACGCCAUCCACGGCACGCCAGACCUACGAUUGGGAGACCAGGAGUUCAUGUGCAGUGUUGCCCUGCUCAAUGAUCUCAUGGAUCGAGCGACAGAGAGAUUCCCCAAAAGAACGCUGCGGUUGCACGUGGAGACACGUCCGACCAAAGUUCCAUUGACAUAUUUCUUCGUCGAGCCCGUCACCGAAGAGGAAAUGAGACGGACCCAGGAAGCGGGCAAGCCGUCCGUGGAGCAAGUCAAGCGAGAGAUUAUCGGUCUCAGCCGGGAAGUGAGCGAGGCAAAAUCGGCGCAGGAGGAGGCAAAUGCCCAGGCCGCUGCUCAGCAGGCGCAGUCGGAUGAGACGGACAAGGUUGCGGCCGAGGCGACGCCGAGCGAUCCGCAGAACGACGCGGCCUGGAAAGAAUUGAUGGCCAUGGUUGACGACUCGGUUGAAAACGAGAGCCUAGGCAUCUCGUCCGUCAAGGAGGCGGUCCAAGACGCGCUUGAGCAAAGCGGACUGCUCAGCGACAAGACGGAAGUGCAAAGCGAAAAAUAUGUCGACGAUAUGGUUGCGGCAUUGACGGCACAUUCAUCGGCGAUCAAAGAGGCCGGCGAGGCGGCCGAAGCCAGAGACGCGACGGAGGGAGGCGGACGGGCAACGGAGUCAUCAGGCCAAGAGACGGAGACGGCGACGGCGUCGCUCACCAACCUCAUCUUACGGGUCACGGAGGGCAUCGACGACAAGUUGAGCAACCUCAAGACGUUUGAGCGCAAGUUUGCCGACUUGGUAACACAAGCCAAGAAGGCGGAAGUUGCCGGCGGCGAGCAACCAGUCAAGGACGAGGACGAGCCUGGCGAAGAGUCAACGGAGCUCGACUCUGCCGUCGAAGAAGUCGACAAGGAUGGUGAGGAGCCAGAGGAGCAGGAUCGUGAGAUCCUCGGCAUGUACGUGACGAUUCGCAACCGGGUCAACGGUACCUUUGUGGAGCGGCCGUCAAGCCCGGAGGAUAAGUUCGACUGGUCGGUGCAAUACGCCAUCACGGAGCUGCCAGACCACCGAGCGCAGCAUAUCUACAGGAGUAUCAUGAAGCGGCGGAAGGAGGUUCUAGGGAGUGACCCGGAGGCACGGGCGGCCAACUGGCACCGCAUGUUCAAGGGAACGUUACCCAUUAUGGCAAAGAAGGGCGAGGAGUACAGGGCGAUGAGGACGAAGCAAGAGGCGGGAAACCCAGUGCACGUUGCAUGGGACAAGAAGCCUCUGUCUUACGAGGCGACGCGGGCGGAGACAGCGGCAGGGAACGAGUAACGAUCGUUGCAUGCCGUUGGACUAGGAAUGCGCAUGGCGACGAUGUGUCUUUGUUUGGGGGGACGGAACUGGCUGCGGAGACAUGCCCUGCCUACUAACGUACUGGGUAGUCCUGCGGUCUUGUAAUCUAGUGUACAUGUAGCCCGGUGCGGCAGAGCGGCACGAGACGAGGUGAGACGAGGGGAGACGAGGUCGCCGCCGCGAUGAAGCCGACUCACCCCGUGCUCCGGUCUGAAAACUGUAACAUAUCACGACGACCAAGCUA